AUGGACGCAAGCAGCGAAGACGCCGCUCAGGUCACCGCUCUCUUCUCGUACGUCGCUUCGGUUCCAGAGGACGAGAAAGCCUACCACAUGAUGUAUGGCGAUUGUGAGGGCAUACCGACGACGAACAUCGAACGCCAAUGGGUGAACACCAUCUUCACCGACUUGCGUGGACGGGAGACGGCGUUGUCGUACGAUAAAGCCGGGUUCGUUGUGCAUCGAAUGCACAGCAAGAUGUCGUACGGCGACUUCGACGACGAGAAGUUGAUCCGGAAUGUCUACUUCAAAGAACUCGAAGACCACGUCCGCGGCUGGCUCGGUGCUGAACAUGUGAAGUUCUUCAGAUUCGGCAUUCGUAAACGUCACGCCCAGUUCCCGACAUCGACAGGUAAAGAGUAUGACUUCGCGCAGCCAACCACCAUCGCUCAUGUCGAUGCCACUUCUGCAUCUACAGUGGAAGAGAUGACGAGGCAGUUCGGCCACGAUGCGGAAGAGUUCAUGGCAAGGAGGUACCAGUGGAUCAAUGUAUGGAAGCCUCUUCGUGGUCCAGUCAAUGAUUGGCCGCUUUGUCUUUGCGAUGCAUCGACAGUACAGCAAUCUUCUUGUGAUACCACGGACAUGGUCUAUCCUGAGUACUUUACCGAGAACAUCUCACUGCGGCACAAUGAGCAGCAGCGGUGGUACUUUCUCUCCGACCAUCGUGCAGACGAAAUCAUUAUCUUCAAAUAG